AUGCGGCCGAAGGUCGCAACACUCGUUUUCCAUCCUGCUCUCCUGGGAUGCUUUUGGUUUAUCUUGGCGGCAGCCCGUGAUUUGUCAGUCGAGAUCACGGGAACUGACACUGGUGACUGCACGACGCCGUGUAGAACCUUAGACUAUGCCAUCCGACAGCUCUCCUCAGGAGAUCGCAUCAAAGUCGGCGUCGGAACAUUUGCGGGUUCUUCGAACCGCAACCUCAGUCCCGGCGACCUUGGCAAAGCCAACUUCUCGAUUGAAGGCUACCAAACGGAUUUGACCAUCUUUGAUGUGGAGAGGGCUGGCCGCUUCAUGUACUUAGAUGCAGCUGCUGGAGACAUUUUGAUUCAGAAGCUGACAGUCCGCAACGGAGCCUGUUCGGCUCUUCCCGACGAUCGCAAUGGCGCUGGAUUCAAGCUGGUGCAAUCUCCCGCCAAGCUGCGCGACAUCCAUAUAAGGGACAUGGACUGUAGCUUCGAGGAGACUCUUCCUCGAGAGUUUAACGGCGGUGGCCUAUACCUCGUGGAUUCGAUGGCCUCGGUGCAAAGAAUGCGAAUUACAGAUUCCGUGGGAAACCAUGGUGCCGGCGUGGCGACCUGGGGAGCUGACGUCUCGAUUAUUGAGGACUCCAUCUUCGAGCGCCUGCAGGGACUGAAAUGGGGUGGAGCUCUGCUGACGGAGGAAAAUUCCCACACCGAAUUUCAUCGUUGCCGGUUCUCUCACUGCUACUCUACCUACGGGGGCGGGCUGGAUGAUGGAGGUCUGGCUAGCCCACUCAUUGCGGACUGUGUCUUCGACCAUGGAACAGCGCUGCAUGGCUCGGCCUACUAUGGCUAUGGCUUGUCUUCGACUAGGUUCCGCAAUGUCAUCUUUCAGAACGGCCAUGCCUCCUCUUCUGCGGCGCUAUACCUCACGGCCACUGUCAGCCCGAGCUUCGCCAAUAUUACGGUCGUGAACAACACCGCGAACGUGGAUGUAGCUGGUGUGCGCUCCUUCGUUUCCAGCAUUCUCUUCAAGAACUCACGUUUCAUCGACAACCGCGUCCCGAGCAGUGGCGCAGACGGUGCCAUACAGGCGAAUGCCGGCGGCUUGGUUCUGGAGGACUGUCUCUUCGAAGGCAAUGGGCCAGCUGAGCCUGGGGGCACUGUUGGCAUAACCGAGACCGGACUGAAGUUUGAGUGUCUGAAGUCCUGA